AUGGAGACAGUUUACAGGGAGAAAUGUGUCUCUGACAAGUCUGUCAGAAAAGGGAGUGCCCGUUUUCGUGCAGGCCGUGAGAGUGUGGGUGAUGACCCGAGACCAGGCCCGUCAAACUCUGUCAUCACAAGCGAUCUCAUCGACAAGGUGAACGACCAAAUGAGAAGUGAUCGGCGUGUCACAUUGCGAAUGUUGGCGGUGAAAGUGGAUGUCAGCUAUGGAACCGUGUGGACAAUUGUUCACGACAGGUUGCGAUAUCUGAAGGUGUGUGCCGCUUGGGUUCCGGAGCAGUUCACCGACCAGCAAAAGGAACUGCGUAUGGGGCAGGUACUGCAACAUCUGUUUCGGUAUCAGGAAGACCCCGCUUUCAUGGAGCAGAUCGUCACAGGUGAUGAAACCUGA